CAACAAGCCGAGCCCCUGGGCGUCGGCCAACGGUGCUGGUGUGACCCCGGCACUUUGAACCCAAAAGUUAACCACAGUGCCUGGCCCGGUCCCCAGGGACCCUCUGGCUGUACGAUUGGCCAGCAGGGAGGCUCUCUGGGCUGGGGAGGGAUACGACCGGACAGCCUCCUCCUGAAUGAUGCUACUAUCAAGCCUCGCCACCUGAACACGACCAACGGACCAAAUAACACUACGAACGCCAUCGACACCUCUAGUGUACCGAACUCUACAGGCGCCUCAGUGCACAGGAACGAGUCUGGUUCGGGGCUGCGUUCCUGGGGAGGAGGAGGAGGAGGAGGAGGAGGAGGAGGAGGAGGAGCGGGGUCAGAGCUUGGAGAUCAGCUCUCCAACGGUACCCUGUCUGGCGCCCAGCACCCCCACAGCGAGGGCCUGGCAGGGGGCUUCUCUAAGCCCUGGGGGGCCUCGGGCCCUGGAGACACUGUGAACGGCCAGGGACACGGCCCUGCUGCUGCUGCUGCUGUUUACAACAGUAAAACUAACAGCAAGGCCACUGUAGGGAGGUGGGACUCUGCUUCUCCACACAACCUGGGGACUGGAGGAGGGGCGGGCAAUGGGAACGGAGUGGGUCCUGCCGGGAUCCCCCGGCCAUGGGGCAACGCCUCCUCCUCUUCUUCCUCCUCUUCCUCUGGCUCUUCCUCUAACAGGCAACCCCCCAAUGGGGAGUGGAGCUCGUUGCCCGGUAACAAAUCUCAGGACUCCGACGACGGACGGAAGUCAGGGGGAGGAGCCAACGGCUGGAAGAGUCUUGAAGACGACGCCCUCAGGAUGGGAGGAGGAGUGCAGGGACCUGCGAGCGUUGGAACGUCUGGCGCCAGUGAGGGGAGCGGGGAGAGCUCUGGAGGCCGUAGCUUAGACAGGAACGACCCCCGUCGACGAGGCCCCCUCCCUGGGUCUACUCAAGUCCUCUCCUGUUCAGACGUGGACCCCCGUGUCCUCUGCAACACCGGCUGGGGCCAGACCCCCGUACGCCAGAACACCGCCUGGGACGUCACCUCUCCCGCCCCCAGACCCGAUGACAGGAAACCCGGUAACGGAGGCCCUGGCUGGGGAUCGAAAAGCCACGCCGCUCGUUCUCAGACCUCCAGCUUUGGAGGAUGGCGUGGGGGGGACGGCGGCCCGGGCCCAGAGUCAGGAGGGUCUGGCUGGGUAGAGCAGAAGACGUUGUCUGGGUGUGGAGACAGAGACAACAAAGGUCCUGGAGGAGAGCGAGGAUGGGACCACAGUAACCCUUCCUCUACCUGGGGGAACAGCCAGAAGGAGGACCUCUCCAACACCUGGAUCAACCCUCCGAAACCACAAAAGCAGGGCUGGGGGAUGGGUGGUGGAGACCGCUCCAGAGGAGGAGGGAGCAGCUACUGGGGUCAGCCCCAGAAGACUAGCGUGUCUGGGGGAUGGGACAACGACAGCGACCGUUCAGGGUCUGCAGGAUGGGGCGAGCCCGGCCGCCCGUCCAACACCAACCCCGACGAAAGCAGCAGCACCUGGGGUGGCAGCGGAGGGACCCCUGACCACCCCAGCAACCCUCACUCUGGCUGGGGAGAGCCCCCCGUGUCCAACCCCGCCGGACACAAACCCCAGAACCACCAGACCCAGGGAGGGUGGGGCGAGCCUGCCAUGAAGCCCAGCCACCCCUCUCAGAGCUGGGGAGACCCGGCCGAGUGGGGUAAAGAUCCAGACGUCAACCCGGACCCUCGAGGACCUCCACCAGGCGGUCCCCACCCCUCCAAACCCAGCGGCUGGACUGGGGUGGCGGUCCCAGCUGGACCCUCCCACAAGGAGGAGGAGUCGACGGGGUGGGAGGAGCCUAGUCCCGAGUCGGUGAGGAGGAGGAUGGAGAUCGAUGAUGGCACCUCGGCGUGGGGAGACCCCAGCAAAUACAACUGUAGCGGGGUCAAUUUGUGGAACAAGACCAGCCAAUCAGAGCAGGAUGCCAUGGCCAUGACCAAACCCCCCCAGCCCCAGCAGCAGCCCCCACCACCCCUGACUAACAUGACCAACAAGGACAAGACCUGCAGCUCUGGUUGGGGUGAACAGUACACAGGUCCCCAGAAGAUGGAGUCGGGAACGUGGGGUGAUCCGCCAGGCCCCCCCGUCUCUGUGGACAACGGGACAUCGGCCUGGGGGAAACCCAUGGACACUAGCUCCACCUGGGAGGAGCAGAGAGACAGAGGAGACAGAGGGGACAACUCUGCGACAGGAGGCUGGGAAGGACCUGGAGCACAGAACCACCACAAACCUGGUCCCAAGCCCAUGCAGCAGGAGAGUAGUACCUGGUGUGGGGAGGAGGUGUCGUGCCGGGCCAGUUGGGAACCGGAGGAGGAGGUGGAGGUCGGGAUGUGGAUCAACACCCCAAGUCACCGAGACCGGGACAGAGACGGCCACAGAGAGAACCACAGAGACCGGGACAGAGACGGUCACAGAGACGGCCACAGAGACCGGGACAGAGACGGUCACAGAGAGAACCACAGAGACGGUCAGGACAACAGGAACAACGGGCCACAGCAACACAGCUGGAACUACAUGAAGAAAAUCCCCCCCAAGAUCAACAAAUCAGUGAACAAGCAGGAGGAUGCCUGGAUGAACCAGUUCGUCAAACAGUUCAACAACAUGAACUACCCUAGAGACUCUCCUGAAGACUUGUCGAAGAGCAAUAAGAUGGAGAUGGGAGGAGGGAUGAUGUCUGACAAGCGUAUGGAUGUGAACAUGGCAGAGUACAGUGGAGUGAUGGGGAAAAACUCAGCUUCCAGGCACCAGAUCCACAAAGAGCCUUCCAUGGAGAGAAGCCCUUACUACGACAAGAAUGUAAACUCCUUGUACGGCAGCAGUGCAGUACCAUCUCAUAACACUCCCCAGCCCCUCAACUCAGCCCAGAACAAUCUCCGUAACCAAGUGCCUCCACCCGUCCUGUCCGCUCAGGUCCCUCCCUCUCUCCUCAAGUUCCCUCUCAGUGCAGGAGGUCUGAAUCUGUUUGGUCCACAGCAAGUAGCUGUCCUCAACCAGCUGUCUCAACUCAACCAGCUGUCUCAACUCAACCAGCUUAACCAGUUACAGCGUCUCCUCCUCCAGCAGCAGCAGAGUCAGAGACCGAUGCCUGUUGGACAGCAGCAGAGUCACAGGCCCCUGGGACGCCAGCAGGACCAGCAGGACCGUCCAAUUGGCUCGUCCCAGUCGAUGAUGCAGCCUCCGCAACACCUCGACCACUCCCUCUUGAAGCAGAACCCCGCCCACCAGCCCCUCAAGUCCUACAUGGACAACUACAUGCCCCAGAAUGCAUCUGAGCUGCAGAAGGAGCCCAACCACAUGGGCUCCUUUACCAACUUCCCUUUAGGCUUGAACUCUAACCUGAAUGUCGGCCUUGACACGGGGUCUGGUGUUAAGGAGCCUCAGUCUCGCCUGAAGAAGUGGACGGCCUUGGACGUGUCCGUUAACUCCCCUCUGGAGCACAAGCCUGGUGCCAUGUCAUCUGGGCUGCGUCUGGAGGAUUCUCCCUUUGGUCGCUAUGACUUCCUGUCUGCUGGCUCCGCCCCCCUAAGCUCUCCCGGCCAAUCAAUGGGUUCGGUGGGCGACAGCUGGCCCCCUCGUGCCAAAUCCCCCCAUGGAAACACCAACGUUACCUGGCCCCCAGAGUUCCGGCCCGGGGAGCCAUGGAAAGGUUACCCCAACAUCGACCCUGAGACUGACCCUUUCGUGACCCCUGGUAGUGUCAUCAACAACCUCUCCAUCAACACCGUCCGCCACAUAGACCACCUCAGAGACCUGACAGGCCCAUCCUCAUCUCUGAACACCACAAUGCCUUCUAACAGUGCCUGGUCAUCUAGUCGUGCCUCCAGCCACAGUGGUUCACUCACCAGUACAACACAAAGCACUACGGUCAGGUCCGGAGAGUCUAAAUGGUCUCCAGGAGGGUGUAACUCAUCUCUGGCCCAUGAGCUGUGGAAGGUCCCUCUGGCUCCUAAAGGUCUUUCAGCCCCUUCCCCGCCCCCUCCCGGCCUCACCAGCCACCCUCAGAAACCCCCUCCACCUUGGGGGGAAGCUCCUCUCCGCUUGGGGGGCUGGGGGCACUCUGACUCCAGAUACACACCUGGUUGUAGUUGGAGUGACGGUAGCAGCAGCUCAGGGAGAACCAACUGGCUCGUUCUCAAGAAUCUCACAACUCAGAUGGAUGGUUCUACUCUGAGGACUCUCUGUAUGCAACAUGGUCCUCUGAUUACAUUCCACCUCAACCUGCCACACGGCAAUGCUGUCGUAUGUUACAGCUCCAAGGACGAGGCAGCCAAGGCACAGAAGAGUCUGCACAUGUGCGUACUAGGGAACACUACCAUUCUGGCUGAGUUUGCCAGUGAGGAGGAAAUCAACCGUUUCUUUGCACAAGGUCAGUCAUUGGCCGCUGCCUCCCCGGGCUGGCAGGCCAUUGGCUCCUCUCAGAGCCGAAUGGGCGGAGCCUUGGAGGGUUCCCACCCCUUCCCCAGCCGCGCCCCGGAGCCCAGUCAAUGGAACGUCAGCGACCUCCAUAGCUCCUCCCUUUGGGGCGGGUUGAACUAUUCCACUAGCCUAUGGGGCGAGGGCGGGAGGAUCAACAGCCCUUCUCCAAUCAGCUCCUUCCUCCCCGUGGAUCACCUGACAGGGGGCGGGGACUCCAUGUAAAGCCCGUGGACAGCGUGGCGACAGACUGAGUCGUCUAGAACCGUUAUUAGUCUCAAACACAAAGAAAAAAAGUCCAAGACCAAAAAACAAAAUGGCUCCUUCUCACUUACAAAUAUACAGGAAGGGGGUCACCAUGUGGGAAAAUACGUACAGGAAG